CUAAGGUGAUAAGGAACUGCAUUCUUUGUAUCCAAAAAAAAACAAAGAGAGAGAGUGAAGUAAAAAAAAAAAAAAAAAAAAAAAAAAAAAUGAAAAUGGGAUCUGAAAUCCCUUGUUGUAAGCUUCCUUUGAUUGAUUUGUCGAAGCCAGGACUUAAUCCUGGCACACCUGAAUGGGACUCGGCGAGAGAUCAAGUCAAGCAAGCACUGGAGAAAUAUGGUUGUUUCGAGGCAUUUUUCGACAAGGUUCCUCCGGAAACUCGAAAAGCCAUACUUGAUGCAACGGAGGAACUUUACGACCUCCCUUCGGAGAUCAAACGCAAAAACAUUUACGACACACCUUUUCCUGGUUACUUCGGAGACUAUCCUUUAACUCCACUCUAUGAGAGCAUGGCCAUGCUGGAUGCUGUUAAGCUUUCCGACAUCGAAAGCUUUAUCAAUGUCUACUAUCCUGAAGGAAACCCAAGCAUUUGCCAAAAGUUGCACCGCUAUGCGGUACAAGCAUCGGAAUUGGACAAGAUGGUGAGGAGGAUGGUUUUGGAGAACCUGGGAGUAGAGAAAUACUUCGAGGAACACAUGGAAACAACAAAGUGCCUUCUUAGAGUGAUGAAAUUUAAGGGGCCUCACAUCAAAGAAAAUAAGAAGCUUGGGCUUGUACCUCACACUGACAAGGAAUUUAUCACCAUUUUGUAUCAUAAUCAUGUUAGUGGUCUCGAGGUCCAAAUCAAAGAUGGCACAUGGAUUUCCGUCGAACGUAACUCGCCUGAUUCUUUCAUCGUCAUGUUUGGUGAUUCUUUCUAUGCCUGGACAAACGGUCGAUGCCAUUCACCGCGCCAUCAAGUGAUGAUGACAGGAGAUGAGACGAGGUACACAGUGGGAAUGUUUUCGAUCCCAAAGGGAGGGUACACGAUAAAAGCCCCAGAUGAGUUAGUAGAUGAAGAGCACCCUUUGCUGUUUAAGCCCUUUGACUUUGAAAAGUUUCUGAAAUUCUACGCUACAGAGGCUGGUAAUUCUGCUUAUUCUCCUCUCCACGCUUAUUGUGGUCUCUGAAGAACCCUUUGCUAUAUGCAUAUAUAUAUAAAUUCCUAUGCCUGCGACUGGUAAUGUGUACUGAUUUUAAGUUUCUUUGUACUUGCGUCUGCUGGCUGGGCGUGCGUGGUUCCCAAAAACUCUACUACCUACUAAGAAUAAAAUUAUUGAAGUCUACUUCAAUAAUAAUAUAUUGUGUUUAGAAAUAAAAAAGAAUAAGAGCUUUUUUAAGCUUUGCAAAUCAAUAAAAUUAAAAAAUAAAAGAAAAAUCCAAAAUUUA